AGUAGGUAUGCUGCCUGACGGCCAGUGGCACCAGGUCUCUGUAGGUGUGUCCUCCAGCUGGCUGGCCCUCUAUGUGGACUGUGAGCUGGUGGAGAGGGUGAACUGGACCUACCCUGGACAGGACAUUACCACUGAUGGUCUGCUGAUGCUGGGGGGCAUCAUAGAGGGCUUUGAGACUCCAUUUGAGGGUGCUCUGAGACAGAUGACCUUUGUAAUGGGUGACCCCGACGCAGCCAGACACCAAUGUAACCUCCACCUCCCUAUGUGUGAUGGAACGGCCCCCAAAGCUCCACGCUCCUCAAGAACACCCCACACACACCAGGAUGCCGAGUUGUCCUCUGGUGACCUGCUCGAUGACUUGACAAACAGUACAGGGAGUUCCAGAGAGAGUUCCACAGAUAAAGGGGAUGCUGUCAUGGAUCCCUCCCUCCCAGAAGGCAAGUCUCCUAUCUCCCAGCAUGCAGCCACCCUACAACAACAAGGGAAUGGGUUUGUGGGAGUUGAUGAGGCAGACCCCUCUAUCUUCACCCUACAUCACACGGAUACAGGUACCCGUGGCAGCAAUUCCCCCUAUACAGUAACUGCCUUGGAUGAGAACAUCACCACAGAUGCAGAAGACAAACCACAACAUGACAUCAUCGACCUGGACUCCACCGGCCCCUCCCCCAGUUUCCAAAGGAAAGGCUCUGACCAGAAGAGCCCAUCCCAAUCUGGUCACCCUGACCCAAGUGUGCUCUUGGAGGAGAACCUGUUGCCUCCUGCGGGGUCAGCAGUGGAGCAGGGAAGGAUUAGUAGUGGCUCUCUCACACAGAAGGGCCAGGGGAACAGUGAGGGGGUCGGACAGGCUGGUUCUGAUCACACAGGCUUACUGACAGUGGCACCCAGUGAGGGUGAUGUCAUAGUCGGAUCUGACAACAAGAUUUACAGGCUCCUGAGUGGCCCUCCAGGGCCAGUUGGCCCUCCAGGAGAACAAGGAUGUGCUGGCAAAGAAGGCUAUAUUGGGUUCAAGGGAGACAUGGGAUCUCAGGGUGUCAGAGGGCAGGAGGGCAGGAGAGGUGAGACAGGCCUCCCAGGUCCUCCAGGCCUACCCACCCUCUACCUGUGGAGGAACUCCCAGGAGGAUUGGACUGACUUCAGGCGAUCAUCCUUCUUCCAUUUGCUGCGUGCAGGCUGGCCUACAGAACAGGGACCUACUGGACCGAUAGGGGAAAUGGGCAAACCUGGCCUACCAGGCAUUCCUGGAGAUCCUGGACACAGACGAAUGCCAGGACACAGGGGAGACAUGGGUUACCCUGGGCCGAAGGGUGUGUCAGGUCGAGGAGGGACCUGGGGCAGAGAUGGUCAGCAUGGCCUGGAUGGACAGCCAGGGCCACCGGGAUUGCCUGGGCUUCAGGGUCCUACAGGCUAUAAGGGAGAGAAUGCUCCUCCAGGGGAGAGAGGAGAUGAGGGUUUCACUGGCAAGACAGGUCCAUGUGGAGACAGAGGGAAGACUGGAGAGAAGGGUUCUAAAGGAGAGCCAGGGGAACCAGGUUCUGUUGGCCCACUUGGGCCGGUUGGUAAAAGAGGAGUCCAAGGGUUUUCAGGGUCACUUGGGCCUCAGGGUGAUUCUGGGUAUGAUGGCGCCCAAGGUCCAUUUGGGCCAAUGGGGGCUCCAGGUGUUACUGGUAUGAUUGGAUCACAGGGGGUGAACGGCUCAAGGGGAGAAGCAGGGCCAGAUGGACCAGUUGGCCGUAAAGGGCCUCCAGGUCCCAUAGGAUUGUCAGGACAGAGAGGCUCUCCUGCACUUCGAGGAAUCCAAGGACAUCCAGGGAUGUAUGGUCUUCCAGGUCAAAAAGGUGACAUGGGUGAAGUCGGGCCAAUGGGCAUGAAGGGUUUACCAGGCCUUGAAGGGCCCGUGGGGACUGCUGGAAUUCCAGGUCUGAAGGGGGCUCCAGGUGGCACAGGCUUCAGAGGACUAGAUGGAGACAAAGGAGAUGCUGGACCCAAAGGAGACAGGGGUUCUGUUGGUGCAUCAGGGAUCCUAGGCCGUCAGGGUGAGAGGGGUCAGAGUGGCCUCUCAGGCCUUCCUGGUGUCAGAGGUCAAGCUGGCCCCCAAGGCAUUCCGGGUGAAGAAGGAGAGGUCGGCCUCCAGGGAGUGGUUGGAAAGGAGGGGUCAAAGGGCCACAGGGGAACUCCAGGCCAUAAUGGGAAAUCAGGACCUAAAGGACCCAGGGGUCGUACUGGACAGCCUGGUCUUUUUGGUAUACCUGGAAUCCUGGGUUUUAGAGGCCUCAUUGGAACUGAGGGUGCAGAAGGAAAGCCUGGUACACAGGGUGAGCUUGGUUCUGCUGGUAUUCCUGGAACUAAAGGACACAGAGGAUUUUCAGGUCUGGGGGGAGCACCAGGACGAGCAGGUCCCCCAGGUGCUCAGGGUCCUCCAGGAAAGUCUGGACAAGACGUCAGUCCUGGGCCACCUGGUGAUAGGGGCUUCACAGGGAAAGAUGGCGUGGAGGGUCGCCAGGGGCCAGUGGGCAUGUAUGGCUACCCAGGAGCAGUGGGUUUAACUGGGAGACCUGGUCAUUUUGGAGAGAGGGGGGAACCUGGUGUGAGAGGUCCCGCUGGUAUCCCUGGGAAGAGUGGACCACCAGGGUUAAAGGGAUCUCAUGGAGAGAGAGGGCCGGCUGGACCUCAGGGUCGUCAAGGAGACAAUGGACUCAAUGGCAUACAGGGGUCACCAGGUCCUCCAGGCCUACCAGGGCCAGAGGGCAAGACAGGAAAGCCAGGCCCCCCAGGAAGCCAGGGGCCGCUGGGGCCUCAGGUGCUAGCCGGACCCACCGGGUUUCCAGGCACUCCUGGGAUAGAUGGAGUAAUGGGGCAGGUUGGAGAAAAUGGAGUGCAGGGAGCAGCAGGGCCUGUUGGGGACAGUGGGCCAUCUGGACUGGAUGGACAGCAGGGUCCCCCAGGAACAGUUGGUGAGGAGGGGCCAUCUGGCAGGAAGGGGGAACCGGGAGCUCCAGGUCCCUUUGGAAAGGCAGGGCCGAAUGGACUACAGGGAGAGCCAGGGCCACAGGGCUCCCAGGGGAUGCAGGGUGAGCCUGGGCCAAGGGGCAAAGAGGGAGAGAUGGGAGGUUUCGGCAACAGAGGAUAUCCUGGUCCUAAAGGACAAAAGGGGGACAUAGGACCUCGUGGAUUUUCUUGGUUGGAGGGGCCCUCAGGAGCUCUUGGGGACAAUGGGAAAAGAGGAGUGAAGGGAGAGAAGGGCUACGUAGGACUACGAGGCCAGGUGGGGUUGAUGGGGGAAGCUGGACCAUCGGGCUUGUCUGGACUGGAAGGUGUUCCAGGACCUUUUGGAUUAGCUGGGGCUGAUGGACCACAAGGGCAGAAGGGGGACAAAGGCCCUUAUGGUAUGGCUGGGAACCCUGGAAACUCAGGCCUUAAGGGGAUGUCAGGCAUCAGUGGAGUGAAUGGUGACAUGGGGAAACAUGGACCAAAGGGAGUGCGGGGAGGCAUGGGGAGACAGGGAGAGAUUGGUCCAAAGGGUUUCCCCGGACUUAAGGGGCCCAAAGACGAGCCUGGAGAUAAAGGAGAACCAGGAGAGCAGGGGCCAGAGGGUCUUCCAGGCGACAGGGGGCCCCAAGCGUCUCCUGGAUUGAAGGGUUUGCCUGGUGAGGUGGGGCCUCAGGGAACUGUUGGCCCACCAGGACCUUUGGGACCAAAAGGUCAAACAGGCCCUGAGGGGAGACUAGGCCAGAAAGGUCAAAAGGGGUAUGAUGGUCGAAAUGGGUAUCCAGGAAAGACCGGACACAUUGGAAGGAGGGGGAAUAGAGGAAAAACUGGAAGCAAAGGCUUAGGUGGAGAGAGAGGAGAAAAGGGAAAGAGGGGAUAUUUUGGUUCAACCGGGCCUCCAGGAAGACAAGGGCCUUACGGGACACCUGGCUUACACGGAGAGAAGGGUCUAAUGGGUGGCCCAGGUAUAGAGGGAGAGAAGGGGAAGAUGGGAUUAACAGGUCCUCCUGGAGGUCAGGGGUUGAAGGGGACACAAGGCCCUUUGGGUCAGACAGGGAGGGCUGGUCUAAAAGGAGAACAAGGAGACAUUGGUCCUCAUGGGGAAUGGGGGACCCCAGGUCUACCUGGACUGCCUGGUUUGUUUGGAGAAAAGGGUCUAAAAGGAUUUGCUGGAACAGCAGGUCCUGUUGGAGUGAGAGGCCUGCCUGGCCUCCCUGGACCUCCUGGCCCCCCUGGAACGUCUCUGAAUCUCUCUCUGGCACAACUCAAGGACCUCAUGUACCUGUCAGACAAGCCCAACUACCUCCUGAUCCAGACUCUGCUGGAUUUAUUGCACCAAGAACUGCACUUGCUCAUAGAUCCACCAGAUGGCACUAAAGAACACCCGGCUACCACCUGCUUGGAGCUCUGGCUCUCCCAGCCCAACUUCACUAAUGGGAUGUAUUACAUUGAUCCUAACCAGGGCAGCCCAGCUGAUGCCUUUCUGGUCUACUGUGACUUCACUGCAGCACCAAAGACCUGUCUGUCUCCGCUCCAGCCUCAGGUGCCAGUAAAAGCAUGGCUGAAGGAUUCUGGGACAAAUAACUCAUUUCAUUGGUUGAGUUCAAAGGAAAAAGGCUUUCAGUUUGAGUAUCUAGGACCCAACGUGGUGCAGAUGAGAUUCCUGAGGUUGAACAGCAGGCUCACCAGUCAGAACAUCACCUACUCCUGCCAGCCUGGGAACAUACAGGGACCAGGCGAAAGAGAGGUGAAGUUCCUGGCAGACACACAAAGACAGAGUUACCUGGGGACAUUACAAGAUUGCGUGCCCUCUGAGGAGCUGCAUUCCGGAGGCCGUCGUGAGGCGGUGUUCCAGUUUGAGAGUGAGGACUUGGAUCUGCUUCCCCUGAGAGAUCUGGCAGUGUUCGGCAGCAGUGACCUCACACAGGAGUUUGGAUUCACUGUUGGGCCUGUGUGCUUCAGCUAAAGGAAGAGAGACACUCUCUAAGGACUGAUAAGAGCAGAGACAACAAUGAGACAACCACCAGCCAGUGGGGAAAUGACCCAGAGAAAUGGGAGAGAAACAGAUACAGAGAAAGACAUCAGCAUCUCUCCUCUUCUCAUGACAUUCUUGUUUAUUGCUAAGACAAAGUAGACGUACCAACCAACAGGAAAAAGUGUCUCUUUUCUCUAUCCAAAGAUUGACCAGUUACAAAUAUGAACUGGUUAGUCUCUCCAUUUUCAGAGGCCAGUGAUAUUCUUGAGAGAAAUGAUCUUUGUAUUUUUGUUUACACUGAUUUCACUGGUGAUAUUGAAACAUGCUUAUUUAUGUAAUUGGUUUAAAUAACCGAGGUUUCUUUAAAUGCUAAAAGUUGCUAUAAUUAUUUUUUCACGUUUCCCAUACUUAAUUCAGGUAUGUUCUUGAUGAAGAGCACUGUGGUUUACACAUUAACCUUCACUGCUGCAAUUUAACAAUGUGUCCCAAAUUGGAGACAUAGCUAAAUCUCUAUUUUAUUAGCUCCGUGCUCACUCUACGUCAUUAUAUACACACUAUACCCUUACAUCUGCAGUUAGAAACUAAGAAACAUUCCAAUAUUGAUCCCUUGGUUUUGACUAUUAUUAGGAACUAUGACAAUGAAUUCUGUCUGGUGAUAAUAUUGUAUGCAUUAUUGCAUCACCUGAUAGAUGCAGUAACCUAAUCACCAUUUGUGAAAUUGUGAUGUUUUGAUUUCUGUUGAUACAGAGGAACAAUGCAGUACUGUAAAAAAAAAAAAUGUGUUUUUACGUUUUUCUUCAGUUUCAUCUUUGUUUCAAGAUAUGUAUUUAAUUGUGUGAUUUACUUAAUUUAUAUGCUGGCCAUUUUCUUUGUUGUUUUUCUUUUUAAGUUUGAAUAAAUAGCAAUCAUUCAUAUUCUCA